AUGCUUCGUUUUGCAGGCCGUCGUCUUUUGACUGUAUCAGCCGCCGUCAACUCGACUCCAUCGAACGAUGUUGUACAUGCACAAGAAAGUAUACUUGAUACUCUCUCACCACGGAAAAUCACAGAAAUUCUAGACAAAUACAUUGUUGGUCAAGUUAGUGGCAAAAAGGCAGUCGCGAUCUCAUUGCGAAAUCGGUGGCGGCGACGUCAGCUGAAGGACGAAGAUUUGCGCAAAGAAAUAUUACCCAAGAAUAUGCUUCUGAUUGGCCCCACAGGGGUUGGUAAGACCGAAAUUUCUCGCCGCAUGGCACGCAUCACCGAUGCUCCUUUUGUGAAGGUUGAGGCCACCAAGUAUACUGAGGUAGGCUUUAAAGGCAAGGACGUUGAGAGCAUUAUCGAGGAACUUUAUACCAAUGCGAAAGUAAAGGCUAAAAAAGCACUCGAGAAGGAACGUGAGGAGGAAGCUCUGAACAUGGCGCUGGAUGCCGUGUACAGUUCUUGGAUCAUAAAACAACGUGCCAGUGCGUCGGAUUCAUUUCCUCAGACUGAAGGCACGAUCAACGUAGAUGAAAAGGAAGACAUUGAUGGGGAGGAGGCCUCUCGGUUAUCGAAACGUAAGUCGUCUAGCCGACGUAAAGCUAAUCAUGAUGAUGGAAAAGGCGAUCAAGUAAAAGGAAAAAACAAAGACGAAGAUGUGGAUGGAUCGAAGGAUGAGCUACUAAGGAGUGAAACGGCUGAUAAUGGGACACCCUCGUUGGUGACAUCUAAGGUAACACUGGAGUACUUUAAAGAGCACUAUAAGGAUAUCUUCAAAGACGACAGCGUCACUGUGGAGAUUGCGGCUCCACAGGCAAACCAAAAAAACCUUAUGAGUGGUGGUGUCGACCUGCAGUCUGUAGGCAUCCUCCUUGGCAUCGGCUCUGCCGCGCCUAGAAAGAUAAUGGUCAACAAAACAGUAUCGGAGGCGGUAUCACUGAUGAUGCAAGAAGCACUAGGGAAACUUAUCGAUGAAAACACUGUCAACACGCUUGCGCGCAGCCUUGCCGAAGAAGAGGGUAUUGUUUUUAUUGAUGAGAUUGACAAAGUCGUUGCCGAUCCUUCUAUUAAGGGCGAUAAUGGUGAUGUGAGUUCAACGGGUGUGCAGCAGGAUCUUCUGCCACUUGUGGAGGGAUCUAACGUUACUAUGAAGGAUAGUAGUGUGAUUUCCACUGAUAACAUUCUUUUCAUCUGCUCGGGUGCUUUUCACGCUACCAAGCCAUCUGAUAUGAUAGCAGAGCUGCAGGGCCGCCUGCCGGUGCGGGUAGAGUUGACACCCCUCACUGAGGAGGACUUUCGCUGUAUUCUGACGGAGCCUAAAUUCAACUUAUUGAGGCAGCAGAAAGAGCUGCUUAAAACGGAGAAUAUUGAAGUGGUAUUCACAGAGGACGGAAUACAUGAGCUGGCACGGGUGACAUGUGCAGUUAACAGACAGGGUCAAAAUAUUGGAGCCCGUCGCCUUAAUACCAUAUUGGAGCGAACCAUGGACACUUACAGUUUUAACUGUGAGGACUACGCAGGCAAGGUGGUUAUAGUGGAUGCGAAGGUUGUCAGAGAUGCAACCGAGAAAUUGCAAAAAAAUGUCAAUCUUGCAAAGUAUUUACUGUAA